UUUCGGUAUACAGAUGGAGGGCAGUGGUGCGAAUACUGCUAGCAGUGUUACGUUAAGUGACAUUUUUCAACAAUUACAGAGUCAGAAAUGUGAAAUGAAAGAAAUUCAAAAGCUGAAAGAGGACAAAGGUAUUACCUGGAAAGGUGAGGGGAAUAAGCAGCAGUAUAUGUUCAAUACGGACCUGUUGGAGGAAGUGAAUCAAGCGCGGUGGGCUAUUGAAAAUAAGAAGGAAGAAUACUGCUCUGAAAUUUUGAGUCGAGUGGUUGACAAAAUUACCAAAAGGAACAAACUAAUAAGAAUAGCAGAUAGUUCUGAGGCAGGGUGGGGGACAGUCAAAGAGUAUAUGGCCAAUCCUCUUGCUAGUGAUUCUGACGACGACAAGAAAAUUUCACGCGCCGAGAAUAAGGCUGUGAAAAGGUUAAAGGAUAAGCAGAAAAAGAAGAAAGACGUUUUUCUCAACAGACAGAGGUCAAAGUAUGGAUAUCAAGGUCCUAGUUUUGCGGCGGGAGCUCCGGGUCAGGUUUCUACUUCUGUGCGGCAUUCUGAUGGGAAUCAGCUUUUUCGUGGCCAGCGGGGAAACCAGGGAGCCUGUUUUGCAUGUGGGGAUUUCCGACACUUCAGGAAAGAUUGUCCAAUCGUUAACAAAUCAGCGGGACAGUCCAGGACUGGGACAUAAGGACACAGAGACUCGAGAGGCUCAAGUUAUCAAAGAUAAGUAUAGUUUAUCAAAUAGUGAUUAUACAGGAGCCUGUGCUAGUACAGAAUUUACUAACGACUAUUUUGAAUACGAACAAGGUCAGGCUGACAUUUUAGUAAAAAGCAGAUUAAAAAAUAAUGUUGAAUUUUGGAAGAAUAUUGGAUGUUCUGAGUUUGUGUUGGACGUGAUUGAUAACGGUUAUAAAAUUCCAUUUUAUUCCGAACCAGAACAAGCAGAAUUUAAAAAUAACGUGUCAGCGUUGAAAAAUGCCGAGUUUGUGGAGAAAGCUAUUUUCGAUCUAGAGAAACGUAAAUUGAUAGAAAGAUGUGAGGAACCCCCAUAUAUGACAAAUCCAUUAACUGUAUCGAUUCAAUGCAAUGGCAAAAAGCGUUUAAUUUUGGAUUUAAGGGAGGUUAAUAAACAUUUGUGGAAACAAUCCGUGAAAUAUGACGAUCUACGUACAGCUUUGUUGUAUAUAGAGAAACAUGGGUGGUUGAUAAAAUUCGAUAUACAUUCGGCGUAUCAUCACAUAGAUAUUUAUCCUCCCCACACCAAAUUUCUUGGUUUUUCGUGGACUUUUGGUUCUAAAAAAGUAUAUUUUAAGUUCUUGGUGUUACCCUUUGGUCUGUCUACAGCGCCAUAUAUUUUUACUAAAGUCACUAGACCGCUCAUUAAGAAGUGGAGAGGUGAGGGUCUACAAAUUUUGAUGUAUUUGGAUGACGGAUUGUGUCAUAACACUGAUAAGUUUGAAUUAGUAGAACAGAGUGCAAAAGUUAAAAGUGACAUUAUAGAUUCAGGUUUUGUGCCAAAAGCAGACAAAUCUAUGUGGGAUCCUGUACAAUUCAUGACUUUUCUCGGUGUAGAUAUUAAUACUUUAUUAGGAAUUCUUUGCAUUCCGGAGAGACGGGUAGAGAAAGCACGUAUGUGUGUUAUUGACAUAUUAAAAGUUGUGUACAAG